GUCUGCCCCCGCCCGGGUCCUGCUGUGCCCUGUGGGGAACCGGGAACCGGGAGGGGGGCGUCCUUAGGACCUCCGGGAGGACGCGAUGGACUCAGUGACCUUUGAAGAUAUGACUGUGGACUUCACCCAGGAGGAGUGGGCUCUGCUGGACUCGUCCCAGAGGAACCUUUACAGAGAAGUUGUCGGGGAGAUCUUUAUGAACUUGGCCUCUGUGGGGGAGAGAUGGGACCAGAAUAUUGAAGACUGGUACAGAAACCAGGGCAGGAUCCUAAGCAGCCAUAUCGUGGAGAGACUUAGUGACAGCAAACAAGGUAGCCAUUGUUGGGAAACCAUCAGCCAAAUUCUUGACCAUGAUCUGAAAAAGAAAAGCUCUCCUGGAGUAAAACUCUGUGAGGGCAGUGUGUGUGGACCAGCCUUCGUGCCUUGUUCAUCCGGGAAGCCCAGCAGUGCGCAGGCGCACGCUGGACAGGAUGUACGUGACUGCAAAUGCAAGCGAUGUCAGACAGCCUUCUGUAAUUAUUCCUUCCAAGCCAAUGGCAGGUCUCACUGUGAAGACAAGCCCAACGGGUGUCGGGAACGCGAGGAAGACUUCCUGUCUUUCCCCAGCCUUGGUGACUUCGUUAUAACUCGUACUGAAGUUGGGCCCCAUAAAUGUAACGUGUGUGGAAAAGGUUUGCACUAUCCCAGCUCUCUUAGAAUCCAUGAAAGAAUCCACACAGGAGAGAAGCCCUAUCAGUGUGAACAGUGUGGGAAAGCCUUCAGUUGCUGGGGAUCAGUUCGGAGACAUCAAAGGACUCACACUGGUGAGAAACCCUACAACUGUAAGGAGUGUGGGAAGGCCUUCAGCUCUCUCUCAGGCCUUAAAGGACACAUGAUAAGACACACCGGUGGUGGACCUUAUAAGUGUAAGGAGUGUGGAAAAGUCUUUAACUCACCCAGCGCACUUAGUAAACACGAGCGAACUCACACGGGGGAGAGGCCUUUUCUGUGUAAGUACUGUGGGAAAGCGUUCAUUUGUUCCACCUCAGUCCGCAAACAUGAGAGGACUCACACUGGAGAAAAACCCUACCAAUGUAAGCGCUGUGGGAAGGCCUUCAUUUCUAAUUCAGGCCUCCAAGGACACAUGAUCAGGCACACUGGUGUUGGGCCUUACAAAUGUAAGGACUGUGGGGAAGCAUUCAGCUUUCAAAGUUCAUUUAGAAUACAUGAGAGGACCCACACUGGAGAGAAGCCCUACACGUGUAAGGAAUGCGGCAAAGCCUUCAUUUAUCACACCACUUAUCAAGGACACAUGAGGAUGCACACAGGAGAGAAACCCUAUAAAUGUAAGGAGUGUGGGAAGGCUAUCAGCCACCCCAGCUCGUUUCGAAACCAUGAACGAGCUCACUCUGGAGAGAAACCCUAUGAGUGUAAACAGUGUGGGAAAGCUCUCAGUUGCUCCAUGUCUCCAAGUCACGAGAGGAUUCACACGGGAGAAAAACCAUAUAAAUGUAGAAAAUGUGGCAAAGCCUUUAGAUUCCCCAGUUCCUUUUGCAAACAUGAAAGAAUUCACCCUGGAGAGAAGCCUUAUGAUUGUAAGGAGUGUGGGAAAGCCUUCAUUUCUCUCCCAAGCUUUCGAAGGCAUGUGAUAUUGCACACUGGAAACGGGCCUUACAAAUGUAUAGAGUGUGGGAAAGCCUUCGAUUGUCCCAGCUCAUUUCACAUUCAUGAGCGAACACACACUGGAGAGAAGCCCCAUGAGUGUCAGCAGUGCGGGAAGGCCUUCAGCUGCGCCAGUUCUGUUCGAUUUCAUGAGAGGACUCACACGGGAGAGAAGUCCUAUGAGUGUCAGCAGUGUGGGAAGGCCUUUGGUUCCUCUAGCUCCUUUCGCACACAUGAACAAAUUCACACUGGAAAGAAACCCUAUGAAUGUAAGCAGUGUGGAAAGGCCUUUAGCUUCUCUAGUUCCUUUCACAUGCAUGAGAGGACUCACACAGGAGAGAAGCCUUAUGAAUGUCAGCAGUGUGGGAAGGCCUUUAGCUGCUCCAGUUCCAUUCAGAUACAUGAAAGGACACAUACUAGAGGGAAACCGUAUGAAUGUAAGCAGUGUGGUAAGGCCUUCAGCUGCUCCAGUUCUGUCCGAAUACAUGAGAGGACUCACUUGGGAGAGAAACCCUAUGAGUGUCAACAGUGCCACAAGGCCUUCAGUUGCUCUUAUUCUUUUCGGAUCCAUGAAAGGACUCAUACUGGAGAGAAGCCCUAUGAAUGUCAGCAGUGUGGGAAGGCCUUCAGAUGUUCUCACUCCUUCAGAAUACAUGGAAGAACUCAUAAUGGGCAAUGAUCCUUUAAAUGUAAGUCAUGUGGUAAAACCUUCCAUGGUCCCACUGCCCUUUGAAGAUACUCUCUUGCUUAGAGAAAUACUGCGAACAAAAUAGAACUGGAAAAACCUCUCAUUUCUCUAGUUGUGAAUCCCAGAAAAAAAACCCGUAUGUGUCUCUGUGAUGGGAAAACCUUCAGUGGAUCUGCAACUUCAGAAGGCCACAUAGAUACACAGGGGAAAAUAAACCCCGUACAUUAAGUAGUGUGUAAAAGUCCUCAGUUGCUCAGUUAUCUGGAAACCACAAACUUGUAUUACAGAAUAGUUUGAUGAAUGCAAGCAUUGUG